AUGGAGGAACGGAGAGCGGAAUGUCUGUCCGUAUAUGGCAAAGAAAUUGCCAAGCCUGCGAACCCCCCUCCUCUCAAGCAUCGGUUCUUAACAUCUGGCCACUCAAGAAGGUACUCGUCAUCCGCAGAAAGUUAUACUAACUUUGAAGUUCUCAAUCGAUAUGCACAUAAUGCCGGGCGCGUCACGGUUCUUCGGAGUGAUUUGCGGUUCCUCAAGGCUCGGAUGCAGAACCCUUCUUUGAAGGCAUCCCUGAGCGAGGCUUCCAAUGGUCACUAG